ACUUGUCUGCACAGUAUCGCUACCACUGUGCCUAUAUCUUCACAUUAUCGUUAUCUGGUCCAUGCGAGAGGCGUUGUGUCGGCCGAAAAUAUCACAACGCUUACAAGCUGUGGCACACCUUAUUUUGCCUGUGGUUGCCUGGAAAGGAUAUUAUUCGCCACACGGUAAUACAUUUACCAGAAAGAAGUAACCUCCCAAACAUUCAUGCCAUAUAAGGAUUUCUUAAACGAAGACAAAUACCCGCAGAAAUCAACCCGGCAAUGGAUAAGCGGAAGAAGCUAGUGAUUGUGGGAGACGGUGCUUGUGGGAAAACAUGCCUUCUGGUGGUGUUCACCAAAGACGAGUUUCCUCAAGUCUACGUGCCAACAGUUUUCGAAACUUACAUAGCCGACAUCGAUGUCAAUGGUAGACAGAUGGAGCUGGCGUUGUGGGAUACAGCAGGUCAAGAAGACUAUGAUCGACUCCGCCCGCUGUCCUACCCAGAUACUGACGUCAUCCUCAUGUGUUUUUCCAUCGACAGCCCAGACAGCCUUGAGAACAUCCGAGAAAAGUGGAACCCGGAAGUGAAGCAUUUCUGCCCCAGCGUUCCCGUCAUCCUCGUCGGCAACAAGAAAGAUACCCGUAAUGACGACCACAUCAAGGCUGAGUUGGCGAGAAACAAACAAUUUCCGGUUAAACCGGAAGAGGGUCGUAAUAUGGCAGAGCGAAUUGGAGCAGAAAAGUAUCUCGAAUGUUCGGCUAAAAUGAUGGAGGGUGUGAGGGAGGUUUUCGAAACAGCAGCUCGUAUAGCUCUGAACACGAAGACAACGAAGAAAAACCUGACUCUGUGGGAUACUGCAGGUCAAGAAGGAUAUGAUCGACUCCGCCCGUUGUCCUACCCACGAACGGAUGUCAUCCUCAUGUGCUUUUCCAUCGACGUCCCCGACAGCCUUGAUAACGUCCUCGAGAAGUGGAGCCCGGAAGUGAAGCAUUUCUGCCAUAAUGUUCCCAUUAUCCUGGUCGGCAACAAGAAAGAUCUCCGCAAUGAUGACCACACCAAGGCUAGGUUGGCACAAUACAAACAAUUUCCGGUUAAACCGGAAGCAGGGCGUAAAAUUGCGGACAGUAUAGGAGCUGUUACUUAUCGUGAGUGUUCCGCAAAGACGAAGGAGGGGGUGACUGAGAUAUUUGAAACAGCAGCUCGCGCAGCUCUGACGUCGAAGAAAAAGAAGCCCUUGUGUCGCAUUCUGUGAAAUCAAACGGCUAUAACGUCAAAGACACUUUGACGUAUCCCAGGCCACAUUCAUGUUUGUGAAUGCACAGAGCAUUUUUUUGCCUCGUGUCUUGCAAUCGCCACUCUGUACUGUUAUAUAAAUAGUGAUGCGUAUAUUA